AUGUCUCUGUAUGAUGAUUUCGAUGUUGUUAAACAAAAGUCAGAUGGUUGGUCUUCUGGAAUGAAACUCUUUCAAUCACAAAUGCAGCUAAAAAAAGCUGCUCAAACUCAGCCAAGAAGAGAUGCUACACGUAAAACAACAUCAAUUUUAGCACCUGUGAUUGAUUUAAAGAAAAAAGAUGAUGAUGAAUCCAUGUUUGAUCCAGGACUUGGUUUUACAAUUUUUCCUAUGGCCAGAGAAGGAAAAAAACAACAACGCCCAUCAUUUCCACCUAUGGAUUGGAAUUUUGAAGGCAAUGAAUAUGAUCCUAUGAUCCCCAAUGAUUAUGAGAGAGUAGUAAGAGAUUUAAGAGAUAUGCGGGAUAAAGAAAAAGAAAAAGAAGAUGAAGAAAGACGAAAACGAAGAGAAGAACGUAAUAAAAAUAGAGAUACACCUGGUUAUAAUAUGAUGGAUAUACCAGUGGGUUUAACAUCCAACAUAGAUGACAGAAGAAAAUCUAAUUUUACUGGAUUUGGUGGUCGUAAAGAGAGUGAUAGUGAAGAUGAUGAACCAAAGCCAAUGGCUAGAAUUCCUGGUGCUGCAAUUGCCCCACCACCAUCAUUACAAGAAUCAUUUGUUUCAACACCUGGACAGCAACAAUCAUCAGGAAUUGGAAUGGGAAUGGGAGUUGCUGCUAAAAUAAUGGCUAAAUAUGGUUUCAAGGAGGGACAAGGACUGGGAAAGAAAGAACAAGGUAUCUCAGUAGCAUUACAAGUCGAAAAAACUAGUAAAAGAGGUGGUAGAAUUAUUCAUGAGAAACCUGGUAGUAAUGCUUCUCCACCUCAUAUGGCUACUAUGUUACAAGAUGAUUUUGUUGCACCUGCUCCUCCACCACCUAAACCUCUACAAAGUAUUACAGAGAUAAUGAAAGAACAAUCAAAGGUUGUACUAUUACGAAACAUGGUUGGACCGGGUGAAGUUGAUCAAGAUCUUGAACCUGAAGUAAAAGAUGAAUGCAACACUAAAUAUGGAGAUGUUAACAGAGUAGUUAUAUAUGAAGUUCCAAAUGUUGAUCCUGAAGAAGCUGUGCGCAUAUUUGUAGAAUUUAAACGUAUAGAAUCAGCAAUCAAAGCUGUUGUAGAUUUGAAUGGCAGAUUUUUUGGUGGUAGACAAGUAAAAGCUGGAUUUUAUAGUGCAGAAAAACUUAACAGCUAUCAGCUUCUUGAUUAAAAUAAAAUAAAAUUAUGUUGUAUACCUUAUAAA